AUGAAGUCGGUUGAGCUGCUUGGGCUGGCGGCUUCUCUCCUUCCUAUGGCUGCGGCCCUGGAUGCAGAAGCAUUGACUGCACAGUACUUUGGGAAUGAUGCUCCCUGGUACCGCGAUCGCAUCCCUUUAUUUGAGUCGAGUGUCUGGGAGAUCGAAGAAGUCUACUACUACCGAUGGGGCCUAUUCCGUGCCCACCAACGCGAUCUCGGAGCAGAGGGCUUCCUCUCGACCGAGUUCAUCAAUGAUGUGGGCUGGCAAGUAUCCCCUUGGGCCAUCCUGAUCAACGCCGCGAACUACCACCUCCGAGAAGGGCGGUGGUCGCGCGACCGUCGGUUCAAGGAGGACUAUGCCGAUGUGCUGUUUGGACCAAACACGAAUCCUCAUCAAUUUUCCGAAGUCAUGGCCGACGGUGUCUGGCAGGGAUACCUAGUCGACGGAGUGCUCGAAGACGCCGCUGUGCGCCUCGAGGCAAUGCAGAGGGUCUACAAUAGUUGGAAUACGACCGAGAAUAUUGGUGGAUACGACACUUCGAAGGGUUUGUACUAUAUUCAGCCGCUUACCGAUGCCACUGAAUACACGAUCGCAAGUAUCGAUGCGUCGGGCGGCAUUGAUGGAUUCACUGGAGGAAAUGCUUUCCGGCCCAGUAUCAACAGCUACCAGUACGCGAACGCAUUGGCAAUCUCGCAUCUAGCGGCCCUUACCGGCGACCAGGCUCUCGCUGAUGAGUACCGAGACCGCGCGGAAACUGUCAAGGAGCUUGUGCAGGAGCAUCUGUGGAACAGCACGUUUGAACACUUCAUUGAUCGCUUCUACGUGGACAACGCGUAUGUCACGUACUGGGAUCCGAUCCGUGGUCGCGAGUUGGUUGGAUACGUCCCCUGGACUCAUGAUCUGCCUGACGACGACGAGAGAUUUGCGCAGGCAUGGAAGCACAUUAUCGAUCCGGAGAAACUGGCCGGCUCGCACGGCCUCCGCACCAACGAGCCCAGCUAUGAGUACUACAUGCGCCAGUACCGCUAUGAAGGCGAUCAUCCUGAAUGUCAAUGGAACGGUCCAGCAUGGCCAUACCAGACGACGCAGGCACUAACGGCACUGGCGAAUCUGCUUGAUCAUUAUCCUACUUCUGCAGCAACUGGAAUCGUUACAAAGGCAGACUACGUCGCCAUCCUACUCCAAUACGCCGAGCUGCACUACAACCCAAGCUACGACGGAAUCCUUAACCUCGAAGAAGACUACAACGCCGACACCGGUGUCCCUAUCGUGGGCCUCACUCGCUCGCCGCACUACUUCCACUCCGGCUUCAUCGACCAAGUCAUCACUGGCUUCGUCGGAAUACGACCAUCUGCCGAUGAUAUCCUCGAAGUGAAUCCCCUCAUCGACGACACCGUGGAGUACUUUCGCAUAGAACGGAUCCUCUACCACGGCCACGACGUCGCCGUACAAUGGGAUGCCUCUGGCGACCGCUACGGAACACGUGGUCUGACGGUGGAAAUCGACGACGAAGUCGUCGCGCAAUCGGAAACACUCACCCGCCAGACCAUCGAGAUCUCCCGAGUCUCGCCACCAGAAAUUUCCCGCCCAAUCGCCCUCUCCAUCCAACUGGGUGCUGACACUGAGUACCCCGUCGGUAGUGUCUCAGUCCCCGACGCCAACACCGCCUCGAUCCACAACGUCAUCGACGGGCGCGUCUGGUUCUACCCCGAGAUCGUGAACUGGUGGGAUACACCGGUCGGAAACGGGACCGAGAUCUGGUACCAGAUUGAUUUUGGUCAAAAUGUUGAGGUUUCUCGCGCGGAGAUUGCAUUUGCGGCUGGGGAUGCGCUGGGCGUUGAUGUUCCGAGCGGGUAUCGGAUUCAAGUGAGUGAGGGGGGUGAGUGGGUAGAUGUUGAUGUAGGCGAUGGAGGGUAUGAGGACGCCGUUGCGAAUGGGAUUACGAAUGUGCAGUGGGAGAGUGUUGAGACUAGGUUGAUCCGGUUGGUAUUCACGCCCAAGGAGGGGGUAAAGGUUCGGCUGGUGGAGUUGAAGAUUUUUUAG